AAGAGGCUGAUGUGACUUUCUGUGAGGGGUGUAUGAGCGCUCUGCGCAUGCGCGCUCAUCCUUCUCUCCCUCCUGACCUCCUCCCGGGUUCUGCUGCGCCGCCGCCGCCGAUCAACUUCUCCCGUGAAAGCCGCUCAAAAUCCUCCACACAGAUCCUGGCACACACGAGGCAUGGCAGGUCUCUUCGGGAAGAUCCAGAUCGGCAUUUACGUGGAGAUCAAGCGCAGUGAUGGAAGAAUCCACCAGGCCAUGGUGACGUCACUGAACGAAGACAAUGAGAGCGUGACGGUGGAGUGGAUUGAAAACGGAGACACAAAAGGGAAAGAGAUCGAUCUGGAGAGCGUAUUUGCGCUAAAUCCAGACAUUGCACCUGAAGAGGAAAUCCCACGAAGUCCUGAGACCCCUCCGCCGUCCGUGUCCAGUGCCAACAAAAUCAACAAGAUCCCUCAAAACAAGAAUCGUCGAACAGUAGCGCCCCCGAAAAAUGAAACCCCUGCAAAGGAUAAUCGAGUCACUGUAGGUACGACUCGAGCGCGGCCGAGCCAACAGACCGAAGUGCCUCCAUCAGCACCCGUCCCACCUCCACCCAUCCAACACCAGACCCUGCAGCAGCAGCAGAACGCUCGCAGGAAGUCCAACUGUGUGAAGGAAGUGGAGAAACUUCAAGAGAAGCGGGAAAAGAGACGAUUACAGCAGCAGGAGCUGAGAGAGAAAAGAGCACAGGAGGUCGAUACCACCACCCCUAAUUAUGAAAUCAUGUGCAUGAUUCGAGACUUUAGAGCGAGCUUGGACUACAGACCACUGACCACUCAAGAUCUGAUCGAGGACCACAGGAUAUGUGUGUGUGUUCGGACGCGGCCACUGAACAAGAAAGAGCUGACCACGAAGGAUCUGGACGUCAUCACCAUCCCCAGUAAAGACGUGGUCAUGGUCCACGAGCCCAAGCAGAAAGUGGAUUUAACCAGAUACCUGGAGAACCAGACGUUCCGCUUCGAUUACGCUUUCGAUGACACCUCGACAAACGAAAUGGUGUACAGGUUCACCGCUCGGCCGCUGGUGGAGACUAUAUUUGAGAGAGGAAUGGCCACUUGUUUCGCUUACGGUCAGACGGGCAGCGGGAAGACUCAUACCAUGGGAGGAGAUUUUUCGGGGAAGAACCAGGAUUGCUCCAAAGGGAUCUACGCUCUCGCUGCACGGGAUGUUUUUCUCAUGUUAAAAAAACCAAACUACAAGAAGUUGGAUCUUCAGGUGUACGCCACGUUCUUUGAAAUCUACAGCGGGAAGGUGUUUGAUCUUCUGAACAGGAAGGCGAAGCUGCGUGUGCUUGAAGACGGGAAGCAGCAGGUUCAGGUGGUCGGGCUGCAGGAGCGAGAGGUCAAAUGCACCGAGGACGUGCUCAAACUCAUCGAGAUGGGCAACAGCUGCAGGACGUCUGGACAGACCUCGGCUAACGCUCACUCGUCCCGCAGUCACGCCGUGUUUCAGAUUAUCAUCCGCAGGAGGGGCAAAAUGCACGGAAAAUUCUCUCUCAUCGACCUGGCGGGGAACGAGCGAGGGGCGGACACGUCGAGCGCAGACCGACAGACGCGUCUCGAGGGCGCCGAGAUCAACAAAAGUCUGCUGGCGCUGAAGGAGUGCAUCAGGGCUUUGGGUCGAAACAAACCACACACCCCGUUUCGAGCCAGUAAACUCACGCAGGUCUUGAGAGAUUCCUUCAUCGGAGAAAACUCUAGAACAUGUAUGAUCGCUACAAUCUCUCCUGGAAUGGCAUCAUGUGAAAACACAUUAAACACUCUGAGAUACGCUAACAGAGUGAAGGAGUUUGGGAUCAGUCCCUCUGACAUCCCCUUCUCUCAGGGGGGCGGCGGGCGCUCCGAACUCUCUCCCACCUAUGAGUACGAUGACUUUGCUUCCUCACCCAGCAGGGUGAAGGAGCUGAGCGUCGACCCCAGUGUGGUGAUGGAGGGACACUCGCUCAGUCAGCUGGACGUCCUGGAGGCGCAGUGGGGAGUGGGCAGCUCUCCUCAGAGAGACGAUCUCAAGCUGCUCUGUGAACAAAACGAAGAGGAAGUGUCCCCGCAGCUCUUUACCUUCCAUGAGGUGGUGUCUCAGCUGGUGGAGAUGGAGGAGCAGGUUCUGGAGGACCACCGCGCCGUGUUUCAGGAGUCCAUACGCUGGCUGGAGGACGAGAAGGUUCUUCUGGAGAUGACGGAGGAAGUUGAUUAUGAUGUGGAGUGUUUUGCCACUCAGCUUGAACAAAUCCUGGAUCAGAAGAUCGAUGUGUUAACAGAGCUGAGAGAUAAAGUGAAGUCUUUCCGCUCGGCUCUUCAGGAAGAGGAACAGGCCAGUAAGCAGAUCAACCCUAAACGCCCACGAGCCCUGUAGCCACAAUCCCAUCAGCCCUCAUCUCAUCAGUGUAUCCACAUGUGUAACCUGGUCGUGAUGUGACGCUUUCUUUCAUCAGACAAAAGCACAUUUGAACUGUAUAGAUGAUUUGAGUUCUUACUAAACUGAAUGAUGAUAGAGAGGGCACACAGUGAGCUAAUGCAUGAACAAACCAGCUCUGCAUCAUCUGACUGGACCGUGUGUGUGUGUGUGUGUGUGUGUCUGUCCUGUAAAUAUGUCAUUGACUCAUUUAUGCUUUUCAGAUGUAUAUAUAUUUGCAUAACAGUUUGCCAGGUAAUGAAAUAUGAUUUAUACCGUCCUAAUGGAAACGAGCUGAUACAGUCUAGAAAUAGUAACAAUUAGGGAUGCACAGAAAUAUACAUUGACUACUAAUCAAGGAAUCAAAAGUUGGGUUGGGAGCUGGGUCUAUAUUAAGCAAGCUAUGAUGACUUUUCACCUUGAUAUG